AGAAAAGGAGACAAAGGAGAGAAAGGAGAAAGCGCCAAAGCAAGUCAAGCAAAUGUAGUAACACAAACCAACUGGAAACAAUGUGUGUCGAAAUCAUGUAGCUAUAGCGGUACUGAUAACGGGAAAAUUAAGGUAUACGUAAAUGGAAUAAGAAACAUGAAUAACACACUCAAAAGAAAAUAUAGAAAUCGCCCACUUAUUUACGAAAUAGCCAGAGUUCAUAAACGUAGUCAUAUUCUCUUGGUGAUUGCAAAAAUUGCUCCAAUUAUCUUGCAGCAGAUACUUAAUAUCUAUCUGGUUUAGGCCAGUUUUUAUCUUUUUGUUUUUCGUUCAAGAGAUUCGAGAUCGUUCUUAUAAAUCAUAACGUGUAACCUGGCUUAAAGCCCUCUUCUUACAAGAGCACGGUUUUUUCAACAAGGGAAACUUCCUCUGCAGUAGUUGCUUAACUCCUCAAGUCCCAAGAAUGACCAAAGUCAAUUUUCUCCUAACAGAGUCAAUACUACAUAAUCAAGAGAAACUGCUGCGAGAAUUAAUGAAAUGAUCACCUGAUGGGCAGAGCUUUGAUCAACAAAUAAAUUCUUUUAACCAAUUCUUGAAGGAAAUGUAUGGAGAUCAGUGUGGAGAAUUUGUAUUUGGAUAAAGUUGGGGCUUAAAGGGUUGAAGGGGACAUGUCAUGAGGAUAUUGUUGUUUUAAAGUCAAUCCUGUGCGGAAGUCAUACUGAUUAGUAAGUGCCAUUUAACCUAUACACAAAAUGACUUGUUAGAGAUUUGUCGGAGAUUUCAAACAAAUUUCACAGGGAAGAAUAACCAUGAUAAUAAUAUUUUUGGUGAUUUUAGAAACUAGUUAAACUUGAAACAAAUUGUCCCAACUUUUUACAUGUUCCAAUUCGUGUCCAUGCUUGACAUCUGUUCCAACAGCGUGGGGUGAAAGCUGAACAGCCUCUAACAUAUGGUCUCGCAACAAAUUUGCAGCAAGUAUCCAUUGCAAAAAGUAGGGUGAAGGUCUCCUAAAAGUUGCUGCAACAAAAAUGCUGCAUCGAGCGCUAGCGGCGUUCUGAGGACUUAUCUUACAAUUAAGAUGUAGAGUUGUCUUUAACAGUGAAAAAUGGGAUAAAAAGUUCUAAUACAAAAAUUUCUACUCUAAAUUAUACUUAAUCGGACGUGCGUUUCCACAGUCUGAUUAUUAUGAUUUCAUAUCAAUUAGUGUUUCCAUAGAAAACAAGACCUUAAUUUACCUCCCUACACAUGUUUGGUGAUGAUGAUAGAAGUGUACUUCCUUUUCAGCUAGUAUUAAUAGUAGCAAGGUAUUUGCAAAGGAAAUUAAACGCGACUAUUCAGCUCGAACGGAAAGGAAUGAGGCUUUUGCGAAGCCGCGGACAGGCUAACGAUAUCCCUAAAUAUGCUAAAUGCAGCUUAAUACAACAAAAUCAGAGAUAAGUCUUUGCACUGAAAUAUCACCAUAUUUCAGCUCUAUGCAUGCAUACACGAAAGCAUUUUUCAUUAAAGGCUUUGCGCUUAUUCCGCUGGAUGUAAACCACGAUAUUAUAAAAUACCCAUGUUUACACUUAACAUCACCUGGUAAAAAGGAACCACGUUUACAGGUCACAGCUCAAAGUUUGUGGUUUCCUGAACAAGCAACUGUAUAGCAAGAGAAAAUGGAAAUAAAAGUCAUCAUCGCUAUGAGUAAUUCAUUUUUUGACGUUGCUUUAUCGAUCAGAAUCUUUCACCGAGCAUUCUAAAAGAAACUUUCUUUUGUUAAAAAACACCACGCCUCCUCAACAGCCUGAUCACAGCAGUAGAGGAAGGAGAUGCUUUCGCAAAAUUCAACACCUACAUGUUUUUUGUUAUUAUUAUUUUUCUUAUUUUUUUCAUUUUUUAUCUUAGGGGGUCAUCUUAAAACAACCAAACAGUUGAGUUUGAUGCAUGACGUUACGUGCCGGUAUAACUGACAGAAGGAAGUUAGACAUACAAACACUUGCUAAAGAAAUUAAGGAAGUUUUGAGCUGCAGCUAAAAGGAAACUCUAAUUUUUCUGACCUAACACUGACUAACUUAGACUGAACGCAAAGUUUUUUCAUCGCCUAAAAGUUUUUGGAGUGCUGGAGAGGAAAGGAAAGGGCUCCUGUUAGGAACACAAAGCAACAGAAAGCAUAACUAUGGAAAAAUUUUUGCCUUUGUAAAACUUUACUGUCAUUAAUUUGUGUUUGGAAUGUUCAUCUUUUGACCCUCUUUCAGUUCUCCUUGCACGCAAGCAUAUAAACAGAAAGUUACACUUUGCAAGAUAAUUACCAUAAAAGGAAAAGGAAAAGGAAGCAAGCAAAACCAAGCAAACAAUAAACAGGAACAGAAGAUUGACUUUCAAAUACUUCGCACUAUUUAAAUGAUGCGCACGUAGCACUGAUUUCAGUCAUUGAGGUGGUCUGGUUCAGCUCGUACGAUGGCUCAGUAUUUCGCUGUUUUGUUGAUUCUCUGUAUUCCUGGCGGUUCACCGAGAACAACCACCUCACCUCAGCAACAAAACAAUUCAAAGUCAAAAGAUUUAUGUGAGGUAAGAAAUACACGAAGAUAAAUAUGAGAGUACGCCGUGGAUUAGGUACGCCCAAGGGACUAAACCAUAUAUUUUACUACUUUAUCAUCGCCAUAUUAUCAUUUGCAAAUGCAUUCCAAUUUAUUAAAAAGUCCUUUUUGAACAUUAUCUUUCAUGCACGAAAAACCUGAAGUCCGAGGUUAACUGUUAAGCUUCUUUUAUUUCAUUUUUUCUCCCUUAGCACAUAUUGACUGCAGGCCACUUAAUUGCGAGUUCCAAAAACCCUUACUUUCAAAAUGAGGCCAAGCACACAACCUUCUUGUGAAAAUGAGUUUUAUUUGCAUGAGAGUGAAAAAUCAUUUGUAUAUCAACGACUGAGCACUUAAUUUCUUUUUGAUACAGAGGCCUCGGGGGAACUCGAAAAUGGCCUAUUGGUUAUUCCAUUGUUCCCUGCUUGUCCUAUCACAUAACUAAUUGGGGUCAUGGUAUUUAACGCUCAGUUUUCAGUUUUUCUUCGUCUCUACAUUUAACUGCAAAUCAUCCUUUUUUUCAGCGGUCUAUAGUGGGCUUCCCGGGCAUCCCUGGAUCCAAUGGGUUGCCGGGAAUGCCAGGCGUUCCCGGGCCUCAAGGACCCUACGGAAAGGACGGUACUAAGGGACAAAUUGGUGAUAAAGGAUCACAAGGAAUGCCGGGUCCAAGAGGAGACAGAGGACGCGAAGGCACCCCUGGAAAGAGUGGACCCCGAGGAAUCAAGGGGAUAAAAGGUGAACAGGGACUUGUGGGAAUGAAAGGACAGCGAGGCAUUGCGGGAAAUCAAGGACAAAAAGGAGACAAAGGAGAGAAAGGAGAAAGCGUCAAAGCAAGUCAAGCAAGUGUAGUACCACAAACCAACUGGAAACAAUGUGUGUGGAAAUCAGACACCAGUACUAAUAACGGAAAGAUUAAGGUAAUUAGAAUAAGAAUCAUGACACACUCCAAAGGAAAGUAAUUCCUCUAUAAAUCAAAACAUUUCAAAGAAGAACGUCUCCCUUCUCACUCACCAUUUGCCAACACCUUACAUAAAUAACUAAGUUACAUUUCUCUCUACUUUAAUUCUUUUUGAACGAAAAAAGGAAAGCAAUCUUGGGUGAUAAAAUGAUUCCUGGCCAUAUGGAUAAGUACAACGAAAAUUGAAGCUAUUACAGAGUUUUUAAAAAUUAGGAAGUAAUCUUGACCGGAGUCGUUAGUAUCAAUCAUUACACUCGGUUGCUCGCCAACCUCGUCCCCAGGGCUUCUCCCUCAAAAAAUGGGUGGGGCGGGAAAAGGGGGUCUUUUCCCGCCCCACCCAUUUUUUUGAGGGAAAAGCCCUGGGGACGAGGUUGGGUUGCUGGCCUUACUACAAUAUGUUUGAUUUGUUUGAUUUUUAUUCCAGGACUGUGCGUUUAACAAACUCCAGUCUAAUUCAGCGCUCAGAGUCUCAUUCCAGGGAAACAUGAGGGUCGAUGGUCUUAGUUCUAAGUGUAAUCGCUGGUAUUUCAAGUUCAAUGGAAAUGAAUGCAGUGGGCAAAUGACAAUUGAGGCUGUUGUUUACAAUUCCUGGCCAUCUGGGAACCCUAAUCUGCUGCAUCAUCGGUCAUUUGAGGGGUACUGUGAAAACAUCCCACAAGGCGCGGUUAGAGUGGAAUUAUGGGUAGGAAAGUGUACUGGCGUGACCCUGGGUGAUGCUCACACUGGGUGGAAUUCAGUAUCUCGGAUAAUGAUUGAAGAAGUAUCUAGGCCCCAGUCCUAA